CUCUGAGAAGGCAGAGGCUUGGCAAGCUCCACAUUGAGCAGGGCACGGCUGAGGGCAGGUUGAAGCCUUGUCCAGGACAUCUGAGGCUUGACCCUGGGGGCUUACGUAACUGCAACCUCCGCGGCUUCCACAGACCCAGCCUCGCACUCCAAGGCAGUGUACCGUCGGCCACCACCAUGACCGCCCCUGGGACCAAUGCAUCAUCCUCCCAGGCCUCCAACCCACUGAACAGCCCAGUGACCAUCCCAGCGGUGAUGUUCAUCUUCGGGGUGGUGGGUAACCUGGUGGCCAUCGUGGUGCUCUGCAAGUCGCGCAAAGAGCAGAAGGAGACGACUUUCUACACCCUGGUAUGCGGGCUGGCGGUCACCGACCUGCUGGGCACGUUGCUGGUGAGCCCGGUGACCAUCGCCACCUACUUGAAGGGCCAGUGGCCCGGGGGCCACGCGCUGUGCGAAUACAGCACCUUCAUCCUGCUCUUCUUCGGCCUGUCGGGGCUCAGCAUCAUCUGCGCGAUGAGUAUCGAGCGCUACCUGGCCAUCAACCACGCCUACUUCUACAGCCACUACGUGGACAAGCGGCUGGCCGGGCUCACGCUCUUCGCGGUCUACGCGUCCAACGUGCUCUUCUGCGCGCUGCCCAGCAUGGGCCUGGGCAGUUCGCGACUGCAGUACCCGGCCACCUGGUGCUUCAUCGACUGGACCACCAACGUGACGGCGCACGCCGCCUUCUCCUACAUGUAUGCGGGCUUCAGUUCCUUCCUCAUCCUCGCCACGGUGCUCUGCAACGUGCUCGUGUGCGGCGCGCUGCUCCGCAUGCACCGCCAGUUCAUGCGCCGCACCUCGCUGGGCACCGAGCAGCAACACCACGCGGCCGCCGCCGCCGUCGCCUUGGCCCCGACCGCCUGCCGGGCUUCCCCGGCCGCCUCCUCCCCCGCCCUGCCGCGCCUCAGCGACUUUCGCCGCCGCCGGAGCUUCCGCCGCAUCGCGGGCGCGGAGAUCCAGAUGGUCAUCUUACUCAUCGCCACCUCCCUGGUGGUGCUCAUCUGCUCCAUCCCUCUUGUGGUGCGGGUGUUCGUCAACCAGUUAUAUCGGCCACAGUUGGAGCCAGUCAUCAGCAAAAACCCGGAUUUGCAGGCCAUCCGAAUUGCUUCUGUGAACCCCAUCCUGGACCCCUGGAUAUACAUCCUCCUGAGGAAGACAGUGCUCAGUAAAGCCAUAGAGAAGAUCAAAUGCCUCUUCUGCCGCAUCGGCGGCUCGCGCAGGGAGCGUCCGGGGCCGCACUGCUCAGACAGCAGAAGGACGUCCUCCGCCGUGUCGGGCCACUCCCGCUCCUUCCUCUCCCGGGAGCUGAAGGAGAUCAGCAGCACGUCGCAGACCCUCCUGUACACGCCGGAACUCAGCGAAAACGGCCUCGGGGGCGGCAGGAACCUGCUGCUGCCGGGUGUGCCCGGCGUGGGCCUGACCCAGCUAGACAGCACGUCGCUCAGGACUCUGCGGGUAUCGGAGACCUCAGACUCCUCCCAGGGGCAGGACUCGGAGAGCUUCUUACUGGUGGACGAGGUUGGCGGGAGCUGCCGGGCUGGGCCCGCCCCCAAGGGGAGCUCCCUGCAAGUCACGUUUCCCAAUGAAACGCUGAACUUAUCCGAAAAAUGUAUAUAGUAGUGAAGGGAAGACAUACAGCACUAUCUCUGGAAGCUUCGAAGAUCCCGUGCAAUAGACACAUCAGUGAACUGUUUGGCCAGUGCUGAGAGGGCUCUUUUCAUCCUAUCACGCACGUUAGAGAACACCCGGGCUUCUGAGCACUUUGCAGACAGACGAGUUGCUCCUUCUGGGUCCUGAGGUCCGAAGCCUUGGCUGCCACCUCGCUGUGAUAAUAGCGUUUCGGUGACAACUUGAUGGCUGGGAAGAUGGACCCUCAGUUUUUCUACUUGACAGGCGGACAGCAUAAGUUUUGCUAUUUUCAUAAAAUCAAGAGCUUUAUAUGUGGCACACGGCAGAAGUCCAUGUACCGAAGGGCUCUAUUCCAAUAAACCAUAAAGGACUGUCUUGUGGAUGAUUUAAGGGUCUCACUAAAGCAUGAAAUGUGAAUUUUAUUGUUGUAAAUAUGAUUUAAGGUAUUUAAAGUAUUUUCUUCUCUGUGAGAAGGUUUAUUGUUAACACGAGGUAUAAUAAAGUUGUGGUAAUCCCUCUCCCCCUAGUAUAACCAGCUGAAGUUGCAGAUGUUAAGAUAUUUUUCAUAACCAAGGUCAGGCCAUGGUGUUGAAAAUUCAGUGAGUCAGAUCUAUAAAAUAAAUACAAAUUUUUAAAACAAGUUUAGCACUAUUAAAGGAAUAAAGCAAAAUGCUAUUUAAGACAUAGACAUUACAGGCCAAAAUAUUAAAAGUUCUUUCCAAGCUAUGUGUAAUACAUAGUGAAAAAUGUUUAGUGAUGCUGCAUGUAUCUAUCCAGAAAACUGUGAUUUCAGGAGAACCUAACAUGCUGAUAAAUAUUUUGUACUUUUGUCUUCAUUAGCUGGUACUUUUUAAAAUGUAACAAAGCUUUUAAAAAGUGUUAGUAACCCAUAAUUGAAGUGUGUAAUAUAAAAAGUAAGCAGCUUGUUUUCCCCCUUGGAAAUGUGUAUAGUUUUACUUUCCUAAGGAAUGACUUAGAAUAUUCUUUGAUAUUUAAGAGAAAGGCAGAUUGCACCAUGAAGGGUUUUAAGGGAGGUGUGGAAGGAUUGAUUAAAUUAGCCUUUCACAGAUGUCACAACAGAAGGGGUACAAAACUUGGGCAUGUAAGAAUCAUCUUCUAAAAGUUUUGUGUAAUGCCCAGUCAUGCUGUACACACAUCUGAAGCACCUUUCUCAAAGAAAUAUUGAGCAUGUUUUGUUGCUUAUAGUGUCUUUGUGAAUUGCUUGGUUGUAAUUAAAUUGAGCCUGAUAGUAAUGUGGUUUUAAGAAGCAGUUGAACCAACUGAAAUUAUUUUGGAGAUUAUAAUAAAUAAAUACACUCAAUUGGAGUUUCAUGUCA